GAUUCAAAAUUUCUGAACAUCAUGAUAACUGCAAUGGAGGUUGUGAUUUGCUGUGUGUAAUGCUUUAAGAUAUCAAUAACAAGGUUCAUGUUCUCGUUGUUGCUUUAUUAAAGAUAUGAUGAAAAGAAAGAUCUUUGUCAAACUUUUGCUGGUCCUCAUUUUUAAUGUUAUUCCGUAUGUGAGGCGUAUGAUUUUAUAGAAAUUGUGGAAUUGUCAUUGAAGGCAUGAUAAAAUAAAUAAGAUUUUUUUGGGUUGAAAGUACUUUGAUGUAGUGUUUUAUUCCUUUGAAGAUAUAAGCUUUCAUGUAGGGCUAUGUAAUUACAAAUUCACAGCAUACUGGUGCAUUAUGGCAUUAGUUGAAAAUAAUUUACGGCAUAAGCAACUCUGCGCUUUGUUUCAACUGACCAGCACUCCACUUUAAGCAUUGCAUUAAGCUCCAUAAGGCCUUUGCAAUUUACUGUGCCUAGAUUCUUUAAUUGCUAUGAUAAGAAAUAGGAGUACAUACUCUCUAUUACAUUUCUGAUAUUUAAUCAGUUCUGUUUGCUGGUUAAGAUACUUCUCCUUUUCUGCCAUUGACCAUAAACUUGACAAUUGGUUGGAGUAGAGUUUGCUUGUGGUAUCAGUAUGUGAUUUACCUUCUAGGGAGAUAAAGGUGAAAGAUGCCUAUCUUGUUGGUGUUCAUCUUACGUGGUAGCCUUUUUAGUACAGCUCUAGACAAAUAGCUGGUACUACUUAUUUUUUGAGACUUACAGAAUUAGUUGUUCAUAUGAUAGGUUAGCAAAGCUUAAUCAGCUAAAAUUUGUUUGAUGACUAUAUGUUGUAUCUAAUGCAUUAUUUAUGCCUAAGUGCCUUAAUUUCAAAGGAGCCCUACUGCCUAGAGCACUCCACCCCAAACAAAGAGAAAAAGAAGAGAUAAAAGGGAAAGAGAGGGAUGCGUCUUGUCAAAUGCAAUCAUGGAUUACAUGAUUAUACCUUGAAGUAUUGAGCGAGUAGCCUGGACAAGGAAUCUGGAGAUGUGGUUUCUGUUGACUAGUUCAUAUGAAUAGUCAUUACUCAUUUCUGUGUUAGACAUUUUGGUGAUGGAUGCAUUAUUAAGCAUGCUAAUGAAUCAAUAUGGUUGUGAACAAAUUAAGACUUGCUUUCCUUUUCUAAAAUUUGGCUCUGCAUUAUAUACAUCUAUUCAAAAGAAAAUCUAUGUUAUAUGGACUUGGGUAUUGGUGUCAGAUACUGGUGCAUGCUGAAGUGUCGGAUUCGCAUAUUUAAAAAUUAUAGGAUCCAGGGAUAUGUGACCAAUUUUAGGUAUGGGUGCAGGGGUGCGCUUCUUAAACUUGUAGAUGGAUAAGAUCUUUAGAAAUAAAUCAUUCUAAAAUUUAUGUACAAUGAUAUAUAAAGCGUAUUUUAAUAAAAAUUUCAAUGAAGUGUGCAACUAGUUUGAAAAGAACCAUAAGCUUGGUUAGAGAAGGGUAAAAUUUUUUAAGUGUGAGGGGCUGAAUUUAUAUUAAAAAGGGUAAAAUUGUAAAGAAAUUAAGUCACUUGUUCAAAAGGAUAGUAAAGUCAAAAUACAGCGUUUUAGUUGCAAAAUAACUAUCAUUGUCAAACCCUAUCUUCCUCAUCCCUCAUUUAGAGCUGUCAUCACCUCAUUUACAGUGGGUUCAAACGAAUCAAAACAGAACAUCUCUUCUCAAAUUAACAGAGCCACUUUUACUCUUAAACACCAUCUUUACCACAAUUCCGUAUCUUCCUUCAGUGAGAGAGAAUCAGCAGCCUGUACAGAUGAAGUGAAAAUACAGCAGGUUUCAUGAGUAUUUUUCUUUUCAAAUUUAUAGCAGCUUUCUCCUUUCUUUCUCCUCCGCAGAGCAACCAUUCUUCCUCUUCCACUCUCUUCCCAUCUCACGAGACUUCUUGUCCAUCUCUCCUCCUCCUCUGCCAUCAACAUUGGAUCUCACAAAUCUCGCAACAGUCAAUGUAUCCAAAAAUUUUUGACCAUAUCGGGUACGGAUUCCGUACAUGUGCCCCUGUCAUAUCGUGUCGACACGGGUGCGCUUGGGGUGAAUUCCAAGUCCAGGUAACAUGGAAGAAAACAAUGACCAAAAUUUAAAUUGUUAUGAGGGUGCUAUUAACCAUUAACACUGGAUGAAUUCACUUGUUUUUUAAAGUUUGACCGUGUUUGAUUUUUUUUUUUAAACUACAUUUCCUUUUCAGAACCUCAUUGAAGUUCGUUGAAAUGGAUGACAAUGAUAAGCCAACUGAGAACCCUAAACCUACUUCUGAUGCAAAUAUAACUCCUAAGAAUGAGUUAGAGAUAUCAAUGGAUUCCCUGGCACGAAAAGUCCAAGAAUCCCUUUCCCUUGCAAAGAGGCAUAAGUUUUGGGAAACGCAACCAGUGGGGCAACUCAAAGAUCUUGGGGAUACAAACCUUCCUGAAGGCCCAAUUGAGGCUCCAACUCCCCUGUCUGAGGUCAAACAAGAGCCUUAUAAUCUUCCAAGUCAAUAUGAGUGGAUUACCUGCGAUAUGGACUCUGAAGAGAUGUGUAAUGAGGUGUAUAAUCUCUUAACUUCUAACUAUGUUGAGGAUGAUGAGAACAUGUUCAGGUUCAACUACUCAAAAGAGUUUCUUCAAUGGGCACUUCGCCCUCCAGGUUAUUUCAGGAGCUGGCACAUUGGAGUGAGAGCGAAGAGUUCAAAAAGGAUGGUUGCUUUUAUAACUGGGGUUCCUGCAAGGAUCCGGGUUCGUGAAACUAUUGUAAACAUGGCAGAAAUCAAUUUUCUUUGCGUCCAUAAGAAACUUAGGUCGAAAAGGCUUGCUCCUGUAAUGAUCAAAGAAGUAACAAGGAGGGUUCACUUGGAGAAUAUCUGGCAGGCAGCCUAUACUGCUGGUGUGGUUAUUCCUACGCCCAUAACAAUUUGCCAAUAUUGGCAUAGAUCUUUGAACCCAAAGAAGCUUAUUGAUGUAGGAUUUUCUAGGCUUGGUGCAAGGAUGACAAUGAGCCGCACUAUUAAGUUGUACAAGUUGCCGGAUCAAACAGCCACACCUGGUUUCAGGAAGAUGGAGCCUCAUGAUGUUCCUGCAGUUACUCGUUUACUUCGAAAUUACUUGAGGCAAUUUGUUGUUUCGCCAGACUUUGAUGAAAACGAUGUAGAGCACUGGCUUCUUCCAAAGGAGAAUGUUGUGGAUAGUUUCCUGGUUGAAAGCCCAGAGACUCACGAGAUCACUGACUUCUGCAGCUUUUACACUCUUCCCUCUUCUAUAUUAGGUAGCCAGAAUUACACUGCACUAAAGGCUGCUUAUUCUUAUUACAAUGUGUCUACAAAGACUCCGUUAACCCAGCUGAUGAACGAUGCUCUCAUUGUGGCUAAGCAGAAAGAUUUUGAUGUUUUCAAUGCUUUGGAUGUCAUGCAUAAUGAGACUUUCUUGAAGGAACUGAAAUUUGGCCCAGGUGACGGGAAACUGCAUUACUAUCUGUACAACUACCGAAUAAGACGUGUGCUGCGACCGUCAGAACUUGGGCUAGUGCUCUUGUAGUUUGAGCAUGCAUGUUUGCUUCUAUCAUUCUCAGACGAAGCAUUCUUGUUACCGAGUGUCGGUUUUUCUAUUUCUUAGGCUGCAUCAAUGUGCUUUUAAAUCCUGUUUUUGCAUGGAAAGGAAAAUUGAUUUGGAAGUAGGAGAGUUAAAUUUUGGACUCAGCGUCAUGGUGCCCAAGUUUUCUGGAUAUUUUUGUAUCUUGUGCCUGUUGGAACUGUGGAAAGAGGCUGCAUUCUUGGCUUUUAAGUUACCAAUUUGACAUUGGAUUUCUGUUGCUCAAGCUUUUUUGUUGUUUGAGUCCAUUCAUGAGCAGCAAUUUUCUUGUGAUCAACUACUUUAAGAUCCCGAAACGUAGAGUUUCUGCUUCUGUUUGUGCUGAGUUUUAGACCUUAAAAUUGGGCCAAUGAAGAACUGCUCAGAUAUGAUAAAAGAGUUACGGUAUAA